UACUCGUAAGUCGCAUCCAGAAACAUAAAUAUUCAUGAAAAAGUUUCAAUCGUCUACUUGGUUGUGCCCUUGACCUUGACAUUGCUGAUCGAGCGCGGACCUGCGGUUAACUAUAUAAGGAGAAUAUUUGAAAUCUUAGUUCAAAAUCCCAGUGUAGAUUACAUCAACCUGCAAAAAGGGGAAAAAGAUAAAGAACUCAACUUUUUAACCAGAUCUAAUAAAUCUAGUGGACUUUUGAAUGGAGAGUAAGAAUUAAUGGCGACAACUUACAGUUACAGAAUGGAGGUGAAGAGCAAGAAAACAAUUGCAGCAAAACUCAACAUGGAGGCAGCCAGGUGGAUAAUAUACACAAAAUUGGACGAACAUGGUGAAGAAGAAAGAUGUCAAUACCCACCUUGGGAAAAGGGAUGGGUGGGUACCCAAAUGCCACGGGAAGUGGAAAGAAGGCUUGAAUUGUGAUUAAUCAGUAAUACAGAAUCUGCAAUCCAAGCAAAAUCUAAGUCUUCUGUCCUCUAAUGGAAGGUAUUUAAUUACAUCCUCAUCCUGGUUUUUGUAAAAUUGUUAUUACCUGAAUCUGUAUUCAUUUUUCAACCCCACAACCCCUUUAAAUUCACUAGAGUUGCAAAGGUUUCUCAUUUUUCUUAAGGGUGCUGAAGCAAGAUUGAUCAGUCUCAUUUCUCAGGGUGAGUGUUUCUCUUUUUUUUUGGCUGUUUUUUUGGUUACAUAUAUUUGAUUAUAUCCAUGCUUAGAGAUUUGUUAUUACUGUUGAUGUUUUGCGUUUGUUUAGAUUUUAAUUGAGGUGCGAAUUUUUUUUAAUUUUUUUUAAUAUAUGAUGCUAAUGAACUUCCAAUUAAUGAGCUUUUUUGGGUGAAUUCUCCUUUGAGAUUGUUUAUACCAUUUCAUAACUUCCAAUCAAUCAAUCAGCUAUAUCUCAAUUCUGAACCAGUUUGAUAGACUAUAUGAAUACUCUUCAUCUAUUUGUUCUAUUUAGGGCUUAGUUCCUCCACACAAUAAAUUGAUUCUUAAGGCACAUUAACGAUUCUUUGAAACUGGACUUUGUUAAAAUCUCAAGCUUAUAUCUGAAUGAAGAAACAAAUCUUAAGCACGAUAAGAAGAAUCUUGGUAAAUUCUGACCUAAUGUAAGUGAAACCACAACAACUAUUAAGUUUUAAUUCUACAUUUGCUUCUAUUAUGUUCUUUUCUUUUCUAAAUCAACAUUGAUUGCGAGAAGUUGCAAAUCUUAUGAACAACUUUCACCAUGUAGUUUUAGGUUUAGUUCUUCCUUCUUAUCUCGUUCAAUCAUUUUAGUGUUGCAUCUGCGGGUCAGUGCAUAUAGAGGUCUACGUAUAAUAUUGCCAAACCAUUUAAUAACUGUAUUGAAAUAAAAACAAGAUAUACUUGGAAACCAAGACUGAGUAGAUUUGAAGACUAAAAAUCCUUCACAGUCCAAUUGAACAUAUGUCCCCGUCCGAUAUUAUGAUAUCGAUGCACUAUUUAAUUUGCUUGUCCCUUGUAAUUAGUAAGUUAAGGUUCAAAUAUAGUAGCAUGAAAAAUAUAGCUAAAGGAAAAUGUUCACCUUGUAUGCUGGACUUUAAGCAUGCACGACGCAAGAUAACUUACUCAUCCUUUCUCUUGUGAAAACCAUCUAAUAAAGUUUGUGAUCUUCCUAGAUCUUACAAAAUAGGAGACUUGAUUUUUUCACUCACCUGUUUUCUUGUAUGCUAUCUUCUAUAGGUUUUGAGGUUUUAUGAAAGUUUUUUGUGAUACGUUAUUGGAGGCUCAUAAUGGUGUCAAGCCUUAUUGACUAUAGUGAUAAUGUUGCUUUCUAUUGCGCUGCCUCUACCUAUUCAUGUUUAUCAAAUUAGGUUUCUAAGAGUGAAUCUAAAUCUGCUACGUUUUGCAAAGGAAGUGCAUUUCCAUUCAAAAGAUUCCUCUUUCGUAACUCAGGGUGUCUUUGUUUCUUCCUUUCAUACUUCUUUUUAUUGGUAGAAUUCUCGGUAUCUUUUUGCUUCUCAAUUUUAUGGUUAAUGUUGCUUUCAGGUUUUCAAGAUAUUUGUAAUUCUAGUCUCUCAGGUAGGAAGAAAGUCUGUUUCUCAACUCACAUGAAACUUCUCUUAAGUAUAUACCACAAUUCAUGGGCUCCUGAAGAGGUGUGGAUUUGGUUUGCUCAAUUCAAUUAAACAUUCUAAUCAGUAUUAACCUAUCAAAAAUUAUUUCAGUGUAGAUGAAAGUGAUGCUUAAAAUAAUGUUUUCUGGUUUCAAAAUUAUGGCUCUUACAGCUCCCAAUCAUUUGUUUGAAUUUCAUAAGCUGAUGUUGUAACCUACAUCAACAGGUUUCCUUUGGAAUGGGAACAUCUUUUGUAGAGUUGGAUGGAUUAUGGUGAAAGUUAUAUCCUAUUCUUUCUAAAAAUAUGUGGUUUUAUGACUCAUUAUUGGUUUUGCAUACUUUAUUUUUAAGUCUUUCCUUCGUGUGGGUAUGGAGGGAACGGAAAAUAUUCAUUGGGUUCAUUGCUUGGAGUGAAUUCUUGAGUUACUGGUGUGUUACAUGUAAAGUAGAUAUACAAUUGCCGGACCGCAACUACCGGAACCAUAUAUGGAUUGAUUACAUCGUAUGUGAUUUCAGGCCAAUGGAAAACUUUGAAAGUUAUAUUAUAUUCUGUAUUACACUUAUUUCUUUUAAUAAAUACAGUUGCAUGCUUGUUUUUCGGUAAUUGGUGCUUUAUUUUUUAAGUCUUUCCUUCAUGUUGGUAUGAGAGGAAGGAAAAAGGGUAAUUGAUUACUUGGACGUGAUUCUUCAUUAUACUGAUGUUUUGUAUGUAAACUACUUAUAUAGCUAAUUAUCAUUAACAUCAGUGUAUCUUUGUGAUUUCAGGCCUAGGAGCACCUGUGAGAAUUUUCUGGACUUAAUCAAAUAACGGAGCUUUUAGAAGGAAUGCAAAAUCAACUCUAAUGCAGCGUUGUUCUAGUAACUCUUAUUUACCCAUUAGAAACUAUGCUGGUGGUGCAAGUCUUGGUCGAUCCAAUUUAACUCCCAUUAAUAUGACACCUUACUAUGGUUCACAUGCUCCAUAUAUGCCGGGUUCAGAACAAAGGGCUUCUCGGUCAAUCAAUCUGUCUCUGCUACCGGUAGCUAAUCUGAACCUUGAAAAUGGUGCAGAUGGGUCAUCAGCAGCUUUGGAAAGCUCUCACUCUCGCUCAGGAAGUAACUAUUCUAACUGGAGUCCAACAAUAAUUUCGGCAAAUGGAUCAAUCAUAUACCACCCUGAAAGAAAUUAUUUUUCAUGCUGGAUUCCAGCAACAAUGCUACCGAUCAUGCAUGCUCCUAAUUUCUUUGUACCACUGCCACAUAUGCCAGGGAACUGGACGUAUAGCUCUUUCUCUGUCCAGGUUCCGUCCGUGCAUUAUAUGACUGGAACAAUUCGAAGUGGGGUGAUUUUCCGUCAAGAUAGCCUGCCGCUUGUUCCUGCUUCUCAGUUUCAACAAAUUAGUCUUGCUCCAGGAGCUGAGAGAGUAAUUGCAGGAGAGAACAUGGUGAACUCCAGUUUUGCAGUUCAACAAGUAAAUUUCCGGGUAAAUCACAGCCCAAGGUUCAUGGAUGAUUACUUUUUGCAUCAUCAUUUGCUGAGACAAGUGAACCAUGGACCUGGUCCUACACCACCGCAUCCAUACAAUUUUCACAUGGUUUUGUUAGCCUUGCAAGACCAGGUUGGAUAUGUCAGUACAGGAUUGAGCAAGGAAGUCAUUUUAGCACGUAUGAAGUGCAUCAAGUAUCAGUCAAUCGAAAUAUCUGUGAAUGACAACGAUAGGUGUUGUAUUUGUUUGGACAACUUUGGUGAUGGGCAGAUCAUUGGAUUUACUGACUGUGGGCACUACUUCCAUUUUGAUUGCAUCACCGAGUGGCUCAUGCAGAAGAAUUCUUGCCCUCUCUGCAAAAGGAUUGCGUUAACAACUUGAGGAAGAACAAUUUGCUCUAGCAAAUUUCUCCAGAACUUGAAUUUUAUUGCUUUGAACAUGUAUAUACGUUUAUUUCAAUUUAAGCAAUUUGUUGUACUUUUGAUGGCAAUUAAUAAGACCUUUCAAACCUUGAUAGUA